AUGACUAGUACUAAUAGCACUGGGCAGCCGUUUUACAUAAACUGGCUAAAGAAUACCUUUUCCCGUGUUAUCAGUUCAUCGGGUAAAGUACCUAAGCAUGUCGCAUUUAUUAUGGAUGGUAAUCGAAGGUUCGCAAAGAGGAACAACAUGGAGGUAAGGGAAGGCCAUAUGGCCGGAUUUUUAAGUAUGAAUAAGGUGUUGGAGUUAUGCUAUGAAUGUGGUGUGACGACUGCGACUGUUUUCGCCUUCUCAGUGGAAAACUUCAAAAGAAGUGCAUUCGAAGUCAAUUCCUUAAUGGAGCUGGCUAAGGAUAGAAUUAAGCAGAUUACAAAUCAUAGUGACUUAGCGGAGAAGUUUGGUAUUCGAGUUGUGAUCGUCGGAGACAAAUCAUUAUUGCCUGACGACGUACUUCAGGAGGUGAAAAGGGCCGAAGAUGCCACUAGAAAUAAUAACAAAGCAUUGCUAAAUAUAUGCAUUCCAUACAGUGGGAGAGGAGAAAUUCUCGAUGCUAUGAAAGGCGCUAUAUCAGAAAUUGAGGAUGGCUCUUUAGAAACCCCAACUGAGAUCGACGAAGAUAUACUUAACCAGCAUAUGUGUAGCACCGGUAGUCAGUCGGUAGAUUUGCUGAUUAGGACUAGUAAGGUCAGCAGGUUAAGUGAUUUCUUGAUUUGGCAAGUUUCGAAAAAAGGCGUAGUAAUAGAAUUUCUAGAAUGUUUAUGGCCAGAGUUUGGUCCAGUUACAAUGGCAUGGAUAUUAAUAAAGUUUGCGUUCAGAAAGACUUACGAAAAUCUUGCGGAUGGGGACUAUGAAGCAACAGACGAGGACAGAAAGAUGAAAUAA